AUGAUGACCUCGAUGUACAUUGCCUGCACAGCUCUCUGUGCGCUACUCCGGUGGGUUCGCACGUGUCUUGUGCAAGUGACCUUCAUCCAGCGACUCAAAACGGGGCAGGAGAGGGAAGGCGUUUGUGCUGGUAGUAAGGAGAAAGAGAGGGUAGUGGAAGCAGUGGAUCGUGAGUUGGAUGAGCUCAAGCGUCGUUUGCUGAAGCUAGAGGGUGAAAGGGCAGACACAGAGAAGGCAGCUACAGAAAGAAUCCAUCACUUGGAGGACGAAGUGGCAGCAGUGAAGGUGGAGUUGACAGCUUUGAAACGAGAAUUCAGCGGGGUCAUGCGCUCAUCAUGCAAGCGGGGGAGUGGAUGCCAUCAUGUUGUGGGCCACCUGAAAAGCGAGAGCAGAGUGUCGCAUUUUCGGGCAGUGUGCGAGCGAGGCAGUGCAGGUCCUCGGUAUUUGGAGUGUAUCAGAAGCAGAGUGGUGCUUUCUCUAAGCAAGCGGAGCAGUGCAGGUCCUCGGUUUCUGGGUCGCCUCAAAAGCAAAAUCAGAGUGGUGCUCCCUUUGAUGAAGUGGAGGAGUGCAGGGUGUCGUGACUCCUGGCACUUGACGAGUGAGGAUGGCUUAGACGCAAUGGAGGGGACAAUUUAG